AUGACUCUUAAUUACGCUCGCGACAUAUACGCUAAAUAUAUUCUGCAAGCGUACCAGACGUGCUUCAACACGGGGUCACACCAGGUCAUACCCAACACCGAACAUCCCUUGAUGAACUUCUUCUCAUCUGUCGUUUCUGGAACCGCUGAAGACAUCGACCGUUGGAAACGAUAUACGACACUGCCAGCUCGCUCGCUUAGAAUCUGGCAGAAUCUCAGAUCUCACCCAUCAGUGUUUGAAGAUGUUCAUGUGCCGAAAGAAUCAAAGCAGAAGUAUAUGUGUAGUACUAGCUUCAACGAACGAUUACAAACCGAUCUCGAACAGCUUAUAUCUGCUGUCCCACUGCACAUCGGUCCUUUUCCCCAAGCGGCAUUUUUAGUCGCACAACAGCAAACGUCCAUCCUGCCAAAUCCUCGAGGUUCAGGCUCUGCGAAACGCCAAAGUCUCUGA